GGAUGAAAUGGACUUUCUUUUGGCAUGCUGUGAACGUAAUCACGAAGGCAAGAUUGACUAUGGUGAUUUUGUUGAUCGCUUCCACGAACCAUCAAAAGAGAUCGGUUUCAAUCUGGCUGUUUUAUUGACUAACUUAAGUGAACAUAUGCCUAAUGAGCCCCGUUUAGCGCGUUUCUUAGAGACUGCUGGAUCCGUGCUUAAUUAUUUUGAACCUUUCCUAGGACGAAUCGAGAUUUUAGGCAGUUCCAAACGAAUCGAGCGAGUAUAUUUCGAAAUUAAAGACUCAAAUAUUGAACAGUGGGAGAAGCCUCAAAUUAAAGAAUCAAAACGGGCAUUUUUCUAUUCCAUAGUCACUGAAGGUGGUGACAAAGAGAAACUAGAGGCCUUUGUAAACUUUUGUGAGGAUGCCAUCUUUGAAAUGACCCAUGCUUCAGGUUUAAUGGCUACAGAUGAUGGUGGUGGUAAUGUAAAGCGUGAUACCGCCUAUAGUUCAUACAUGAGUGAAGAGGAAGAAGAGCGGGCCGCACGUGAUCCCAUUCGGCGAACCAUACAAGCUAUUAAAGAUGGCCUUAAAUUUGUAAUAUAUAUGCUGAGUCCAUCCAACAUAAAACAUCAAAUAGGAGCAAUGCAAACCAAGUCGGUGCCGGAGUUAAUCAUUGGAUUUUUCAAAUUAAUAUUUUACAUGUUCUACUAUACUGGCUAUGGAAAUUUCUGUGUGGUUCGAUACAUUUUCGGAAUACUUAUGAAUCUAAUGCGUGGGCCAGCUCCAGAAGAAAUUGAAGCUCCAACAGUGGAUGAAGAGCCAUUUGGUAAGGCCUUGCUCCCACUACCUAUUGAAGAGCCACCUGGGCCAGAGUUGAACAAGGAUGAAAGCGGACAAUAUAAAGUAACAGUACGUGAAUCCCCAAGUGGAAAUGGUUUGGAAGUAACGGGUGAAUUAAGUACAGAAGAGGGAGGAGUGGCUGCCGACCAAUCAGUAGAAUUCGAUCAGUAUCAAAUUCAAGAGCCAAUUUCCAUCGUAGACUUACUAGGCGGAGAGGCAGCCAAAAAAGCGGCACAAGAACGACAAGAAGCUCAGAAAGCCCAGGAAGCAGCUAUGGCUUCUAUUGAAGCUGAGGCAAAGAAGACUUCAGCUACUGCUCAAGAAACGCCUGCUGUUCAUCAAAUAGACUUUGCUCAAUAUGCUCACAGAGCUGUUAGCUUUCUGGCACGCAAUUUUUAUAAUCUCAAAUAUGUAGCAUUGGUACUAGCUUUUAGCAUCAAUUUUAUGUUACUAUUUUACAAAGUGACAUCUUUCGGUGAUGAUGAAGAAACUUCAGGUGACGAUGAACUCAUUCUUGGCUCAGGAUCUGGUGGUGGCUUAGCUGCAUCCGGGUUUGGUGGUGGUUCGGGAGAUGGUUCUGGAGAUGACGAAGGCGGAGAAGAAGAUUUACCGGAACUAGUGCAUGUUGACGAAGAUUUCUUCUACAUGGCUCAUGUUAUACGGAUUGCUGCAAUGUUACAUAGUUUGGUUUCUCUCGCUAUGCUGAUUGCGUACUACCAUUUAAAGGUGCCUUUAGCUAUAUUUAAGCGAGAAAAGGAAAUUGCACGUCGAUUAGAAUUCGAUGGGCUUUUUAUUGCUGACCAACCAGAAGAUGAUGACUUUAAGUCACACUGGGACAAAUUAGUGAUAUCGGCGAAAUCGUUUCCUGUAAACUAUUGGGACAAGUUUGUAAAAAAGAAGGUGAGACAGAAGUAUAGCGAAACUUAUGACUUCGAUUCAAUAUCUAAUCUACUCGGUAUGGAAAAAAACGCAUUCAUGGCACAAGAUAGCGAAGAAGGUGGCUUGGUGAAGUACAUAAUGAACAUAGAUUGGCGCUAUCAAGUAUGGAAGGCGGGUGUUACAUUUACCGACAAUGCCUUCCUUUACUCACUGUGGUAUUUUUCUUUUUCUGUGAUGGGAAACUUUAAUAAUUUCUUUUUCGCUGCUCAUUUGCUGGACGUCGCUGUAGGUUUCAAAACUCUUCGAACCAUUUUACAAUCCGUCACACAUAACGGAAAACAACUAGUGCUCACUGUGAUGCUCUUAACGAUAAUUGUAUACAUAUACACUGUAAUUGCUUUUAACUUUUUCCGGAAGUUUUACAUUCAGGAAGAAGAUGAGGAGGUGGACAAAAAGUGUCACGACAUGCUGACUUGUUUUGUAUUUCAUUUAUACAAAGGCGUACGGGCCGGAGGUGGGAUUGGUGAUGAAAUUGGAGAUCCGGACGGUGAUGACUACGAAGUUUAUCGCAUUAUUUUCGACAUAACAUUUUUCUUCUUUGUCAUCAUUAUACUCCUGGCCAUUAUUCAAGGUUUGAUUAUUGACGCUUUUGGAGAGCUUCGUGAUCAACUUGAGUCGGUGAAAGAAAAUAUGGAGUCCAAUUGCUUUAUAUGCGGAAUGGGCAAAGAUUUCUUCGAUAUAGUACCUCACGGUUUUGACACACACGUGCAAAAAGAACACAAUCUGGCAAACUACAUGUUCUUCUUGAUGCAUCUCAUCAACAAACCGGAUACAGAAUAUACCGGACAAGAGACAUAUGUGUGGAAUAUGUACCAACAGCGCAGUUGGGACUUCUUCCCCGUAGGUGACUGCUUCCGUAAGCAGUAUGAAGACGAGCUUUCAGGCGGAGGUGGUGGGGGUUAAUUUUAACAAAAAAAUUUUAAUCAAAACGAACUCUAAAUGUUUUUAAAAGUAAGGAGAGAAAUUAUACCCACUAAUCUUGUAUACAUAUUAUAUCAACUACUUUUGUGUAAAUAUUUAAUUUUUUCUUUGUGAACGAUGUUUUUAAGUUGCUUGUAUCCUGAAAAUUCCUAAUAAUAUCUAUAAAAAACCAUUAUUUUGAAUCAAGAAUUUGUAUUGUUGAUAGCUCAAAUGAACGCGGUAGUUAAAUCGAAAACAUAACCUUCCAGCGAAAAUUUGUUGAGCUAAUCCCAAACCAAUGAUAUGCAUAGUAAUUAUUGCAUAUAAGAAAGUUGUAUUCAACAAAGAAUUGGAAAGUGCUUUGGUGUACCAAGUACAAUUUAUUAAACAUAUAUUUAGAAGAAAACGGUUUUAGGAAAGGAUUAAAAUAAGAAAGGAUUUUCUGAACUAA